ACCGGUUCCAAAACAACACAAUACAAUUUGGACACGUUAAUUUUUAUAUUCUUUAAGCAACUGGUGCUACCCAGACAGACCUAACUGUUUUCUUUAAACUUGCGUGCUGUUUCUGCUGUUUUGUUUUGAUUUUAGUCGGAAAUCAUGAGGAUAUAUUUGUGGACUUUCCCCUUACUCUUGGCCUUAUCAAAAGCCGAUAAUCCCCCUUUUGAUUCAGCUUUAAAGGCAGUAUUUAGCGUAGGAGUAAAACUCCAAGCAUUACUAGAUGACGACACGUCAAACUCAAAUUUCCUUAUUUCUCCCAUAAGCAUAACAUCCCUUAUUGGCCAAUUAAUGAUAGGGGCAGAAGGUGAAUUUAGGGACAACCUUUUCCAACUUCUUUCGCUUGACAAAACCGACAUACAGAAAGAGUCCAGUUUAAAUUUGUAUUCCGAGAAGAAAAACGGUUCUUUAAGGCUGCCCUAUUCAAAAUUUCAUUUGGAAAUGUACAGUUUGAUAAAACAUCUACAGAGAGGAUACAAAGGAAACAACGAACUGUUUACGUUGGAACAGAGUAAUGCGAUAUUUUAUGAUCAAAAGUUGAAAUUGACUCAGGAAUUUAGACAUUACUCUAAAUUGUUUUACAAUUCUCAAUUGACUGGUCUUGACUUUGUCGGAGCUCCUAGAGAAGCACAAAAAACUCUAAACGAAUGGACGGCCCUUCAUACCCAAGGACUGAUAAAAACUAUAUUUCCAGCCCCACCCCCAGCCUAUACUUCUGCCAUUUUUCUAAAUGCCAUCUACUUUUUGGCCGAAUGGGAAAUACCAUUUAGCGACGAAUUAAACCGUGUCGGCAAUUUCAACGUAAACGAAAAUGUUACCGUAAACGCCACCUAUAUGUUAGGCACCAUAGAACAAAUCCCUUACAUCGAAACCGACGAAUAUAAAAUGAUUGCGUUGCCUUAUAAAAACGAUGAGCUGGAAAUGUUUAUUAUGUUACCUAGUAAAGACAGCGAGUAUAGCUACGAUAUAAGAAAAUUCGCGCAGUCUUUGAAUGCUACCGACAUUUUAUCAUCGAUUGAAAGAUCUAAAAAGAAGGACGUUAUCGUAAAAAUACCUAAAAUGACGCUGUCUACAAGCGUGAGCGUACUGCAACCUCUCUUAAAGUAUCAAGCAUCCAAAAUGAAAGCCGUAGAAAAUAACACUGUAACAAAGGAGAUAUAUCCCGACAUAAUCCUAUCUGGCGCAGUCGAAGACGGAAACCUACGGGUAAAUGAUAUAGUGCAAGAAAUGGUGUUUUCAAUUAACGAAAAAGGGACUGAGGCAGCCGCCGUAGCCAUAGGUACAGUAGAUUACAUCGGAGGACAGAAAAGGUUUUUGGCAGAUAGACCGUUUGUGUUUUUUAUAAGGCACAAGUCAACCACGGCAACGCUGUUUUGGGGCACUAUUGCUGAUCCGUCGUAGAGACAUUUUGUCCGCUAUUUAUAGCUUUAAUUUAUUUUAGGUGUAGAAAUAAAC